GGCCUGCAGCUCAGGGGGACCGGAGCGGUGUCCCCAGCAGAAGUAGCGGUCGUCCUCUGGGACCAGGACAUCUAGGCCCGCCGAGCUGGGGGCGGCCGCGGAGGAGCCCCAGCUCCCAGUGGGGAGCAGACACAGCGGAUCUCUGGCAAGUUCUGCACAGCCAGGCAGGCACCAUGAAUGGCCACGCCGUUCCUCUUGAUGUCCUGGUCACCAACGGCACCACGCCGGCUGCCCCCCACAAGGUCACGAAGGCCCUGCAGGAAGCCAGCCCUCCCUCCGGGCCCCAGGCCAGGAGUGUUGCUGGGGUGCACGUGGAGGCGUCCGGCCAGGCCCUGAGCCUCUAUGCUGCCAUGAAGCAGGGCCUCCUGCCCGACGCACUCGGGCUGGCGCUGCUGGAGGCCCAGGCAGCCACUGGGGGCCUCGUGGACCCGGGCCAGGGCCAGCUGCUCCCCGUGUCUGAGGCCCUGCGGCAGGGCCUGGUGGGCCUGGAACUGAAGGAGAAGCUGCUGGUGGCAGAGCGCGCGGUCACGGGGUACCCUGACCCCUACGGCGGUGAGAAGCUGUCCCUCUUCCAGGCCAUUGGGAAGGAGGUUGUGGACAAGGCUCUGGGGUGGAGCUGGCUGGAGGCCCAGCUGGCCACGGGGGGCCUGGUGGACCCCGUCCGGGGAGUGCGCGUGGCUCCAGAGCUGGCCUGCCAGCAGGGCCUCCUGGACCGGGAGACGCAGCGUGCCCUGUCGGAGCGCGUGCCAGGUUUCCUGGAUCCCAGCACGCUGGAGCGGCUCUCCUAUGGUGAGCUGCUGGGUCGGUGCCUGCGGGCCCCCGGCACGGGGCUGGCCCUGCUGCCUCUCAAGACCACCUUCUGCACCCUGAGUGGGGCAGCGAGCUUGGCCGAGCUGCUGGAGGCCGGGAUCCUGGACGAGGAGACGGCCCGGGGCCUGCAGAACGGCAGGCUGUCGGUGCAGGAUGUGAGUGCACGCCCCGAGGUUCAGCGCUACCUGCAGGGCACUGGCAGUGUGGCAGGCAUCGUCCUGCUGCCUGCCGGCCGCAAGAAGAGUUUCUUCCAGGCUGUCGCCGAGCACCUGCUGCCGAUGGGCACCGUGCUCCCACUCCUCGAGGCUCAGGCCGCUACCUGCACCCUGGUGGAUCCAGCCACCGGCCAGAGGCUCUCCGUGGAUGACGCGGUCCGGGCAGGCCUCAUUGGCCCAGAGCUGCAUGCGCAGCUCCUGGAGGCAGAGCAGGCAGUGACAGGGUUCCAGGACCCCUUCGGCGGCACCCGCAUCCCCCUCUUCCAGGCCAUGAAGAAGGAGCUGGUGGACAGGCCUCAGGCGCUGCGGCUCCUGGAUGCCCAGCUGGCCACGGGUGGGCUAGUGUGCCCAGCCCGCAGGCUCCGGCUGCCCCUGGAGGCUGCCCUGCGCUUGGGCUGCCUGGACGAGGAGACACGGCAGCACCUCUCGCAGGACGCUGGCUUCUCGGACCCCAGCACGCAGGAGAGCCUCAGCUACGGGCAGCUGCUGGCCCGCUGUGUCACCGACCCGGAGACGGGGCUGGCCUUCCUGCCCCUCUCGGGAGAGGCCCUCAAAGAGGAGCCACAGGGACCCCCGUUCAUCGAGCAUGGCACCCGGCAGGCCCUGACUGCUGCCACAGCCACCGUCUCUGUGGGCAAGGUGACGGGCCAGCCGGUGUCACUGUGGGAGCUGCUCUUCUCUGCGGCUGUCCCUGUGGAGCAGCGGGCUGCGCUGGCACAGCAACACAAGGAGGGGGCGCUGUCGGUGGAGGAGCUGGCAGCCAUGCUGAGGGCCACCCUGGAGCAGGCUGCGGCCACCACCAAAACCACGUUUUCUGGGUUGAGGGUCCCCGUGACACCCGGGGAGCUGCUGAAAGCAGAGAUCAUCGGCCAGGAUAUGUAUGAGAAGCUGGCACGAGGGCAGACCACAGCCCAGCACGUGGGCAGCCUGGACUCAGUGCAGAGGUACCUGCAGGGCACCGGAUGCAUCGCUGGCCUGCUGCUGCCCGGCUCCCGGGAGCGGCUCAGCAUCUACGAGGCUCACAGGAAGGGGCUCCUGCGGCCGGGCACGGCCCUCGUCCUCCUGGAGGCGCAGGCGGCCACCGGCUUCCUCAUUGACCCGAAAGGAAACAAGAGGUACUCCGUGGAGGAGGCGCUGAAGGCAGGCGUCAUCGGGCCCAACGUGUUCGCCAAGCUGCUGUCGGCCGAGCGCGCGGUCACGGGCUACGCGGACCCCUACACCGGGGAGCGCAUCUCCCUCUUCCAGGCCAUGAAGAAGGGCCUGAUCGUGCGGGACCACGGCAUCCGCCUGCUGGAGGCCCAGAUCGCCACGGGCGGCAUCAUCGACCCCGUGCACAGCCACCGCCUGCCCGUGCACGUGGCCUACCAGCGCGGCUACUUCGACCAGGCGCUGAACUUGAUCCUGGCCGACCCGAGUGACGACACCAAGGGCUUCUUCGACCCCAACACGCACGAGAACCUCACGUACAUGCAGCUGCUGGAGCGCUGUGUGCGCGACCCUGAGACCGGGCUCUACCUGCUGCCCCUCAGCAGCAGUGAGCGGCCCCAGCUGGUGGACAGCGCCACCCGGCGGGCCUUCCAGGGCCUGCUGCUGUCAGCGAGCUACGGGCGGUUCCGGGGGCGCCGGGUGUCCGCCUGGGAGCUGCUCAACUCGGAGUGCUGCAGCGAGGCCCGGAGGAGGCAGCUCCUGCACAGCUACCGGCUGCGCAAGCUCUCCCUGGAACAGGUGGCAGCACUGCUGGAGAGGGAGUCAGCGAGGUGCGCGGAUGUCACGCUGCCUGUGCUGCGGGGACGGGUCACCGCCUACCAGCUCCUGGAGGACCACAUCAUCGACCAGGAGCUCCUGGACCGGCUGCUGGCCGGGGCGGUCAGCCCCGAGGCCCUGCUCCGCAUGGACGGCAUCCGCAGGUACCUGCGUGGCUUGGGCGCCGUGGGUGGUGUGCUACUGCGUUCUUCCAACCAGAGGCUCAGCCUCUACCAGGCCAUGAAGCAGAAGCUGCUGGGGCCAGGGGUGGUGCUGGCCCUGCUGGAGGCCCAGGCAGCCACCGGAGCCCUCACCGACCCCCAGACCCUGGAGACCCUGUCGGUGGCAGAGGCCGUGCGCAGGAAGCUGGUGGGGCCAGAGCUGUAUUCUCGGCUGAGACGGGCCGAGGACGCCGUGACCGGCUUCCGAGACCCCUUUUCUGGGGAGCGGGUGUCCCUGUUCCAAGCCAUGAAGAAGGGCCUAGUCCGUGAGGAGCAGGCUGCCCGCCUGCUAGAGGCCCAGCUGGCCACGGGAGGGGUCAUUGACCCCACGGUCCACUACCACCUGCCCGCGCCCGUGGCUGCCAAGCGCGGAUGCAUCGAUCAGGAGAUGGAGGCGACCUUGUCCAGCUCCUCUGAGACCUUCCCCACGCCGGACGGCCGGGGACGCACCAGCUACGCCCAGCUUCUGGGACAGUGUCUGAAGGAUGAGGCCUCAGGCCUGUACCUCCUGCCCCUGCAGGAAAGUGCUCCUGCCGUCCCCACGGACCAGCAGGUGCAGGAGACCCUGCGGGCCACUAAGGGGGCAGAGGACGGCAUGUCGCUCUGGGAGCUGCUCUCCUCCUGCCACUUCACAGAAGAGCAACGGAGGGGCUUCCUGGAGGACUUCCGGGUGGGGAAGACCACUGCGCAGCAGCUGCAGGCGGCUAUGCAGAGCUGGAUGCAGCAGACGAAGCUCCUGGCCCAGGCACGCGUCUCAGUGCCCGGCCCUCGGGGCGAGGUGCCCGCAGUCUGGCUGCUUGAUGCUGGCAUCAUCACCGAGGACACCCUGGCGGCCCUGGCCCAGGGCACACGAUCCCCUGCCCAGGUUGCUGAGGAGCCUGCAGUGAAGGCCUGCCUGUGGGGCACGGGCUGUGUGGCUGGAGUGCUGCUGCAGCCCUCGGGGACCAAGGCCAGCAUCGCCCAGGCCGUGGAGGAUGGCCUCCUGCCCGCAGGACUGGGGCGGAGCCUGCUAGAGGCCCAGGUGGCCUCUGGCUCACUUGUGGACCCUCUGAGCAACCAGAGGCUAUCAGUGGACAGUGCGGUCAAGGCCGGCCUGGUGAGCGGGAUGCUGAGCGAGCAGCUCCGGCAGGCGGAGAGGGCGGUGAGUGGGUAUACGGACCCCUACUCGGGGGGCUCCCUCUCGCUGUGGCAGGCCAUGGAGAAGGGUCUCGUGCCCCAGAGCGAGGGCCUCCCGCUCCUGCAGGCACAGCUGGCCACGGGGGGUGCUGUGGACCCCACCUACGGGGUGCACCUGCCCCAGGCAGCAGCCUGCAGGCUUGGCCUCCUGGACGAGCGGACCAGUCAGGCGCUGACCGGGACGGAUGAGGACAGCAAAUUCUUCUUCGACCCCAGCACACGGGACAAGGUGACAUACCAGCAGCUCAAAAAACGCUGUGUCCUGGACGCUGACACCGGCCUGUGGCUGCUGCCUCUGCCCCAGGAUGUGGCACUUGAGGUGGACAACCACACCGCAGUGGCCCUGAGGGCCAUGAAGGUGCCUGUUGGGGCUGGGAGGUUCAAAGGGCUCACUGUGUCGCUCUGGGACCUGCUGCACUCCGAGUACGUCGACGCCCACAAGCGGCGGGAGCUGGCGGUGCUCUGUCAGUCCGGGCGGGCCACGGCCCUGCGGCAGGUGGUCAGCACAGUCACUGCCCUGGUCGAGGCCGUGGAGAAGCAGCCCCCGCAGGCCAUCUUCAGGGGGCUUCGGAAGCAGGUGUCAGCCAGCGACCUGUUCAGGUCCCAGGUGAUCGACAAGAAGACUCUAGACGAGCUGAGUCAGGGAACAAGGACGGUGCAGGAGGUCACACAGAUGGACAGUGUGAAGCGUUCCUUGGAAGGAGGCAAUUUCAUCGCCGGGGUGCUCAUCCAGGCCACGAAGGAGAGGAUGAGCAUCUCCGAGGCCCUGAGCAGGCGCCUCCUGCGGCCGGGCACGGCCCUGGUGCUGCUGGAGGCCCAGGCAGCCACCGGCUUCCUCAUCGACCCUGUGGCCAACCGCAAGCUGACCGUGGAGGAGGCAUUUGCGGCAGGGAUGUUCGGCAAGGAAACCUACCAGAAGCUGCUGUCGGCCGAGCGCGCGGUCACCGGCUACACAGACCCCUACACCGGGGAGCCCAUCUCCCUCUUCCAGGCCAUGAAGAGGGACCUGAUCGUGCGGGACCACGGCAUCCGCCUGCUGGAGGCCCAGAUCGCCACGGGCGGCAUCAUCGACCCCGUGCAGAGCCACCGCCUGCCCGUGCACGUGGCCUACGAGCGCGGCUUCUUCGACGAGGAGAUGAACCGCGUCCUGGCCGACCCGAGCGACGACACCAAGGGCUUCUUCGACCCCAACACGCACGAGAACCUCACGUACAUGCAGCUGCUGGAGCGCUGCGUGGAGGACCCUGAGACCGGCCUGUACAUGUUACAAAUCGUAAAGAAAGGAGAAACGUAUGUGUACAUCGACGAGGCAACAAAGCAGGGUCUGCGAUCGCAGACCGUGACCAUGCCUGUGGGGAGGUUCGCGGGUCAGCGUGUCUCCAUUUGGGACCUGCUAUCAUCGCAGUACUUCACGGAGGAGAGGCGGAGAGAGCUGGUCCAACAGUACCGGGAUCGGACUGUGAGUCUGCAGCAGCUGCUGGAGACUGUCACCAGCACAGUCGAAGAGACAGAGAAGCGACACCAGAUCAUCAAGGUGCCUGGGAUUGGCGGGGAAGUGACGGCCACAGAGCUGUUCAACGCUGGCAUCAUUGAUAAGAAGACCCUGGACACACUGCACAGGGGACAGGCCCUCAGCAGCCUGGAGCAUGUGAAGACCUACCUCGAAGGCAGUGGCUGCAUCGCGGGUGUGACUGUCCCCUCCACACAGGAAGUGAUGAGCAUCUAUGAGGCCAGCACGAGGGGACUCAUCCCCACGGGGUUCGCAGCCCUGCUGCUGGAGGCCCAGGCGGCCACAGGGUUCAUGCUGGAGCCCCGCAGCCACCAGAGGCUCUCUGUGGAUGAGGCUGUGGCAGCUGGUCUUGUGGGCGAGGAGCUUCAGGACAGGCUCCGGAAUGCCGAGAAGGCCGUCAAGGGCUACCCAGACCCAGACACGGGGCACACGGUCUCACUGUUCCAGGCCAUGGAAAGGAAGCUGGUCAGCAGGGAAGAGGCGCUCCGACUGCUCGAGGUACAGGUGGCCACAGGGGGUGUUGUGGACCCGCUGCACCACCACCGGCUCCCGCUAGACAUGGCCUACAUGCGUGGCUGUCUGCACCAGGACAUAUACCCGCUCGUGUCCGAUCAGAAGCACAUGAAGAAGAGGUUCAUUGAUCCCAACACGCAAGAGAAGGUCACAUACCAGGAGCUUCAGCAGAGAAGCCUCCAGAAGGAGAAGGCAGGCUGGACUUUGUUCCCAGUAAUCCGUGAAGGACAGGACUCUGUGUAUAUAGAUGAGGCCACGAGAAGAGCCCUCGAGACAGAGUGGGUGGAAGUCACCGUGGGCAGGUACAAAGGACAGAGGCGAUCGGUGUGGGAGCUGCUGAACUCUGAAUAUGUCACAGAGGAAAAAAAAUUGGAGUUAGUCAGCAAAUACAAAAAUGACACUAAGCAUGCCCUAGAACAGGUGGUUCAAAAAAUCUUCGCAAUGAUUGAUGAGAGAGAAAAAUCUGCUAAGCAGUUAUGGUUCAGAGGCAUCAGGAGACAAGUAACAGCCUCCGAACUCUUCCAAUCGGCCAUCAUCACAAAGGAAACACUGGAGAAACUUGAGGAGGGACGCACCUCUGUGGAAAGCAUCAAGCAGGACGAGGGAGUGAGGCGCUACCUGGAGGGCACGAGCUGCAUCGCCGGCGUGCUGGUGCCCGCCCGAGACGACCCCGGGAGGCAGGAGAAGAUGAGCGUCUACCAGGCCAUGUGGAAGGGCCUCCUGCGGCCGGGCACCGCCCUGGUGCUGCUCGAGGCCCAGGCGGCCACCGGCUUCCUCAUCGACCCCGUGCGCAACGAGCGGCUGUCCGUGGACGAGGCGGUGGCCGCGGGCGUGGUGGGCGGCGAGAUCCGCGACAAGCUGCUGUCGGCCGAGCGCGCGGUCACGGGCUACGCGGACCCCUACACCGGGGAGCGCAUCUCCCUCUUCCAGGCCAUGAAGAGGGACCUGAUCGUGCGGGACCACGGCAUCCGCCUGCUGGAGGCCCAGAUCGCCACGGGCGGCAUCAUCGACCCCGUGCAGAGCCACCGCCUGCCCGUGCACGUGGCCUACGAGCGCGGCUUCUUCGACGAGGAGAUGAACCGCGUCCUGGCCGACCCGAGCGACGACACCAAGGGCUUCUUCGACCCCAACACGCACGAGAACCUCACGUACAUGCAGCUGCUGCGCCGCUGCGUGCGCGACCCCGACACGGGGCUGUACGUGCUGCAGCUGGCCGGCCCCGGCUCCGCCCUGCACCAGCUGAGCGAGGAGCUGCGCCGCGCCCUGCACGAGGUCCGCGUGGCCCUGCCGCCGGGCGCGGGCGCCGCCGAGGGCCAGGACGUCACCGUCUGGGAGCUCCUCUUCUACCGGGAGGUGUCCGAGAGCCAGCGGCAGGACCUGCUGGCCAGGUACCGGGCGGGCACGCUGACCGCGCAGGAGCUGGGCGCCUCUCUGGCCUCGCUGCUGGCCGGGGCUGGGGCCGCGGACCCUCAGCGGGCCCUGCGUGCCGCCACCAUGGAGGUCAAGGUGGGCCGCCUGCGGGGGCCGGCCGUGCCCGUGUGGGACGUGCUGGAGUCCGGCUACGUGAGCGCCGACCGGAGGGAGCAGCUGCUGGCCCAGUUCCGCUCGGGCACGCUGGGCCUGCCCGCGCUGACCCGCCGGCUGACCACCAUCAUCGAGGAGGCCGAGGAGGCCCAGGGCGCGGAGCAGGCGCCGGCGGACGCCGCCCCGCCGGGGCGCGGUGAGGCCGAGUCCGCCGCGCGCCCGCAGGAGCGGGACCUGCGCGCCGCCACCAUGGAGGUGCGGGCCGGGCGGUUCCGCGGGCGGCCCGUGCCCGUGUGGGACGUCUUGUCCUCCUCCUACCUGACCCAGGCCCGCCGCGAGGAGCUCCUGGCCCAGCUGGCGGCCGGCGAGCUGGCCCUGCCGGGCCUGGUGGCCAUCCUCACCCAGGUCGUCGAGGAGGCGGAGGAGCGCCUCAGCAAGGUGUCCUUCAGGGGCCUGCGGCGCCACGUGUCCGCGGCCCAGCUGGCCACGUCCGGCGUCCUGGACGCCGAGACCCUGCGGGGCCUGGCCCAGGGCACCAAGAGCCCCCAGGAGGUGAUGAAGAUGGACUCGGUCCGGCGCUACCUGGAGGGCACGAGCUGCAUCGCCGGCGUGCUGGUGCCCGCCCGAGACGACCCCGGGAGGCAGGAGAAGAUGAGCGUCUACCAGGCCAUGUGGAAGGGCCUCCUGCGGCCGGGCACCGCCCUGGUGCUGCUCGAGGCCCAGGCGGCCACCGGCUUCCUCAUCGACCCCGUGCGCAACGAGCGGCUGUCCGUGGACGAGGCGGUGGCCGCGGGCGUGGUGGGCGGCGAGAUCCGCGACAAGCUGCUGUCGGCCGAGCGCGCGGUCACGGGCUACGCGGACCCCUACACCGGGGAGCGCAUCUCCCUCUUCCAGGCCAUGAAGAGGGACCUGAUCGUGCGGGACCACGGCAUCCGCCUGCUGGAGGCCCAGAUCGCCACGGGCGGCAUCAUCGACCCCGUGCAGAGCCACCGCCUGCCCGUGCACGUGGCCUACGAGCGCGGCUUCUUCGACGAGGAGAUGAACCGCGUCCUGGCCGACCCGAGCGACGACACCAAGGGCUUCUUCGACCCCAACACGCACGAGAACCUCACGUACAUGCAGCUGCUGCGCCGCUGCGUGCGCGACCCCGACACGGGGCUGUACGUGCUGCAGCUGGCCGGCCCCGGCUCCGCCCUGCACCAGCUGAGCGAGGAGCUGCGCCGCGCCCUGCACGAGGUCCGCGUGGCCCUGCCGCCGGGCGCGGGCGCCGCCGAGGGCCAGGACGUCACCGUCUGGGAGCUCCUCUUCUACCGGGAGGUGUCCGAGAGCCAGCGGCAGGACCUGCUGGCCAGGUACCGGGCGGGCACGCUGACCGCGCAGGAGCUGGGCGCCUCUCUCACCACGCUGCUGCCGGGGGCUGGGGCCGCGGACCCUCAGCGGGCCCUGCGUGCCGCCACCAUGGAGGUCAAGGUGGGCCGCCUGCGGGGGCCGGCCGUGCCCGUGUGGGACGUGCUGGAGUCCGGCUACGUGAGCGCCGACCGGAGGGAGCAGCUGCUGGCCCAGUUCCGCUCGGGCACGCUGGGCCUGCCCGCGCUGACCCGCCGGCUGACCACCAUCAUCGAGGAGGCCGAGGAGGCCCAGGGCGCGGAGCAGGCGCCGGCGGACGCCGCCCCGCCGGGGCGCGGUGAGGCCGAGUCCGCCGCGCGCCCGCAGGAGCGGGACCUGCGCGCCGCCACCAUGGAGGUGCGGGCCGGGCGGUUCCGCGGGCGGCCCGUGCCCGUGUGGGACGUCUUGUCCUCCUCCUACCUGACCCAGGCCCGCCGCGAGGAGCUCCUGGCCCAGCUGGCGGCCGGCGAGCUGGCCCUGCCGGGCCUGGUGGCCAUCCUCACCCAGGUCGUCGAGGAGGCGGAGGAGCGCCUCAGCAAGGUGUCCUUCAGGGGCCUGCGGCGCCACGUGUCCGCGGCCCAGCUGGCCACGUCCGGCGUCCUGGACGCCGAGACCCUGCGGGGCCUGGCCCAGGGCACCAAGAGCCCCCAGGAGGUGAUGAAGAUGGACUCGGUCCGGCGCUACCUGGAGGGCACGAGCUGCAUCGCCGGCGUGCUGGUGCCCGCCCGAGACGACCCCGGGAGGCAGGAGAAGAUGAGCGUCUACCAGGCCAUGUGGAAGGGCCUCCUGCGGCCGGGCACCGCCCUGGUGCUGCUCGAGGCCCAGGCGGCCACCGGCUUCCUCAUCGACCCCGUGCGCAACGAGCGGCUGUCCGUGGACGAGGCGGUGGCCGCGGGCGUGGUGGGCGGCGAGAUCCGCGACAAGCUGCUGUCGGCCGAGCGCGCGGUCACGGGCUACGCGGACCCCUACACCGGGGAGCGCAUCUCCCUCUUCCAGGCCAUGAAGAGGGACCUGAUCGUGCGGGACCACGGCAUCCGCCUGCUGGAGGCCCAGAUCGCCACGGGCGGCAUCAUCGACCCCGUGCAGAGCCACCGCCUGCCCGUGCACGUGGCCUACGAGCGCGGCUUCUUCGACGAGGAGAUGAACCGCGUCCUGGCCGACCCGAGCGACGACACCAAGGGCUUCUUCGACCCCAACACGCACGAGAACCUCACGUACAUGCAGCUGCUGCGCCGCUGCGUGCGCGACCCCGACACGGGGCUGUACGUGCUGCAGCUGGCCGGCCCCGGCUCCGCCCUGCACCAGCUGAGCGAGGAGCUGCGCCGCGCCCUGCACGAGGUCCGCGUGGCCCUGCCGCCGGGCGCGGGCGCCGCCGAGGGCCAGGACGUCACCGUCUGGGAGCUCCUCUUCUACCGGGAGGUGUCCGAGAGCCAGCGGCAGGACCUGCUGGCCAGGUACCGGGCGGGCACGCUGACCGCGCAGGAGCUGGGCGCCUCUCUGGCCUCGCUGCUGGCCGGGGCUGGGGCCGCGGACCCUCAGCGGGCGGCCGCGGACCCUCAGCGGGCCCUGCGUGCCGCCACCAUGGAGGUCAAGGUGGGCCGCCUGCGGGGGCCGGCCGUGCCCGUGUGGGACGUGCUGGAGUCCGGCUACGUGAGCGCCGACCGGAGGGAGCAGCUGCUGGCCCAGUUCCGCUCGGGCACGCUGGGCCUGCCCGCGCUGACCCGCCGGCUGACCACCAUCAUCGAGGAGGCCGAGGAGGCCCAGGGCGCGGAGCAGGCGCCGGCGGACGCCGCCCCGCCGGGGCGCGGUGAGGCCGAGUCCGCCGCGCGCCCGCAGGAGCGGGACCUGCGCGCCGCCACCAUGGAGGUGCGGGCCGGGCGGUUCCGCGGGCGGCCCGUGCCCGUGUGGGACGUCUUGUCCUCCUCCUACCUGACCCAGGCCCGCCGCGAGGAGCUCCUGGCCCAGCUGGCGGCCGGCGAGCUGGCCCUGCCGGGCCUGGUGGCCAUCCUCACCCAGGUCGUCGAGGAGGCGGAGGAGCGCCUCAGCAAGGUGUCCUUCAGGGGCCUGCGGCGCCACGUGUCCGCGGCCCAGCUGGCCACGUCCGGCGUCCUGGACGCCGAGACCCUGCGGGGCCUGGCCCAGGGCACCAAGAGCCCCCAGGAGGUGAUGAAGAUGGACUCGGUCCGGCGCUACCUGGAGGGCACGAGCUGCAUCGCCGGCGUGCUGGUGCCCGCCCGAGACGACCCCGGGAGGCAGGAGAAGAUGAGCGUCUACCAGGCCAUGUGGAAGGGCCUCCUGCGGCCGGGCACCGCCCUGGUGCUGCUCGAGGCCCAGGCGGCCACCGGCUUCCUCAUCGACCCCGUGCGCAACGAGCGGCUGUCCGUGGACGAGGCGGUGGCCGCGGGCGUGGUGGGCGGCGAGAUCCGCAACAAGCUGCUGUCGGCCGAGCGCGCGGUCACGGGCUACGCGGACCCCUACACCGGGGAGCGCAUCUCCCUCUUCCAGGCCAUGAAGAGGGACCUGAUCGUGCGGGACCACGGCAUCCGCCUGCUGGAGGCCCAGAUCGCCACGGGCGGCAUCAUCGACCCCGUGCAGAGCCACCGCCUGCCCGUGCACGUGGCCUACGAGCGCGGCUUCUUCGACGAGGAGAUGAACCGCGUCCUGGCCGACCCGAGCGACGACACCAAGGGCUUCUUCGACCCCAACACGCACGAGAACCUCACGUACAUGCAGCUGCUGCGCCGCUGCGUGCGCGACCCCGACACGGGGCUGUACGUGCUGCAGCUGGCCGGCCCCGGCUCCGCCCUGCACCAGCUGAGCGAGGAGCUGCGCCGCGCCCUGCACGAGGUCCGCGUGGCCCUGCCGCCGGGCGCGGGCGCCGCCGAGGGCCAGGACGUCACCGUCUGGGAGCUCCUCUUCUACCGGGAGGUGUCCGAGAGCCAGCGGCAGGACCUGCUGGCCAGGUACCGGGCGGGCACGCUGACCGCGCAGGAGCUGGGCGCCUCUCUGGCCUCGCUGCUGGCCGGGGCUGGGGCCGCGGACCCUCAGCGGGCCCUGCGUGCCGCCACCAUGGAGGUCAAGGUGGGCCGCCUGCGGGGGCCGGCCGUGCCCGUGUGGGACGUGCUGGAGUCCGGCUACGUGAGCGCCGACCGGAGGGAGCAGCUGCUGGCCCAGUUCCGCUCGGGCACGCUGGGCCUGCCCGCGCUGACCCGCCGGCUGACCACCAUCAUCGAGGAGGCCGAGGAGGCCCAGGGCGCGGAGCAGGCGCCGGCGGACGCCGCCCCGCCGGGGCGCGGUGAGGCCGAGUCCGCCGCGCGCCCGCAGGAGCGGGACCUGCGCGCCGCCACCAUGGAGGUGCGGGCCGGGCGGUUCCGCGGGCGGCCCGUGCCCGUGUGGGACGUCUUGUCCUCCUCCUACCUGACCCAGGCCCGCCGCGAGGAGCUCCUGGCCCAGCUGGCGGCCGGCGAGCUGGCCCUGCCGGGCCUGGUGGCCAUCCUCACCCAGGUCGUCGAGGAGGCGGAGGAGCGCCUCAGCAAGGUGUCCUUCAGGGGCCUGCGGCGCCACGUGUCCGCGGCCCAGCUGGCCACGUCCGGCGUCCUGGACGCCGAGACCCUGCGGGGCCUGGCCCAGGGCACCAAGAGCCCCCAGGAGGUGAUGAAGAUGGACUCGGUCCGGCGCUACCUGGAGGGCACGAGCUGCAUCGCCGGCGUGCUGGUGCCCGCCCGAGACGACCCCGGGAGGCAGGAGAAGAUGAGCGUCUACCAGGCCAUGUGGAAGGGCCUCCUGCGGCCGGGCACCGCCCUGGUGCUGCUCGAGGCCCAGGCGGCCACCGGCUUCCUCAUCGACCCCGUGCGCAACGAGCGGCUGUCCGUGGACGAGGCGGUGGCCGCGGGCGUGGUGGGCGGCGAGAUCCGCGACAAGCUGCUGUCGGCCGAGCGCGCGGUCACGGGCUACGCGGACCCCUACACCGGGGAGCGCAUCUCCCUCUUCCAGGCCAUGAAGAGGGACCUGAUCGUGCGGGACCACGGCAUCCGCCUGCUGGAGGCCCAGAUCGCCACGGGCGGCAUCAUCGACCCCGUGCAGAGCCACCGCCUGCCCGUGCACGUGGCCUACGAGCGCGGCUUCUUCGACGAGGAGAUGAACCGCGUCCUGGCCGACCCGAGCGACGACACCAAGGGCUUCUUCGACCCCAACACGCACGAGAACCUCACGUACAUGCAGCUGCUUCAGAAGGCUACUCUCGAUCCUGAAACUGGACUCCUAUUUCUUUCUCUCUCUCGAAAUUAAAGGACUUCUAGUGUUUGUCUUUCACACUCAGGAGAAUCUUACUCUAAUCUACAAUAUUUUCAAAAUUGUUGAAUAUCCAUCUCUUCAUUCUUCUAUACAUAUGUAAUAUUUUUUCUUUUAAUUAGUUGGUUGUGUCAUUUCCUUGCGUGUGAUAAGCCAUGCUUCCUCACUGCUCAACCCUGAUCACUCUUGCUCCCUCUCCCUUGCGUUAUCAGUGGGUUUUUAUCAUGGAAUAUUGGCAUUUGAUCGUCAUUGAUAAACUCCACUGCACAGGAAGAAAUGACUGUUUUUUCACGCAGGCUAGUUGGGUCAUUUUGUUGUAGUGUUUCCCUGUCACUGUGGGGUUGUCGUUUGAUUCUGGGUCAGGGCACAGGCCUUGGUUGCGGGUUCCAGCCCUGGAUCCGGGCGCGUCUGGUGCCCUGUGUCAGGGAGUCUAGGAUCAAUGCUGCUGUCUUGCAUCAAAUUUUAUCGCUCUCCCUCCCUCUCUAAAAGCCAUGAAAAAUGUCAGCAGGUGAGAAUUUAAAAAAAAAAAUUUUUUUGGAAGAACUCUUUUUCUUGGCCCCUCAGCCCAUCACACUGAUAUGUACAUGUCACUCUGUACCCCAAUUUUUAUU